AUGAUUACUGGAUCCAAUGGUGGAAAAUGUGGAGAUGUAGUAUUUUUGAGAAAAGAUUUCCGUAUUCCCUAUACCGGUACAAUUUCUAGUGUGUUGGCAAAAACAUUCUUAGAAUAUAUCUAUCCUUAUGAUAUUAAAUUAAAUAUUGAUUCAUUGAUUGGUAGAUUAAAAGCUGUUUUCCAAUAUAGUAACAAAUUAUCAAGUUUGAGAAUUAGGCAACUUACAGUAACAG